UGAGAACAAUAAUUUGAAUACGUAUUAGUAAAAUCCAGUGUGGUAUUUCUAACCAUCAGUUGAUAUUCUAGGAUGUCAGGAAGCCUCCUGGAUGAAAAAGAAAACUUUARCAGUACCAAUGAGGUUGCAAAAGAAGAAGAAGUCUUCYCUACGAGUUCUAUUUUGAAGCCUUCGCAAAAAGAGAACGUGCGGCAGUUGACUGCCAAGAAACCGCCAAAAGUAACCUUCAAGAACACCCCAGUCCGRCAUUGCCCCACACGUUAUAAGGUAGAGCAACCUAUUAAGCUGUUAGACACGUGGGACGAAAUACGUUGUCUUGACGAGGUCGAAAACUGGACAGAGAGAACACAGGUUGUCACUAAGGAAGACCAUCAACUGCAUUUAGAUUCUGCAAAAGAAUUUCUGGAUAACAUUAUUGACAAUUUGUCUUGCUUCAGAAGUCCAAAGAAACAUAUUAUAUUUGAAAGUUAUAAAGAAAAAGAUUCAACUUCUCCUACUGAAAACAAAUCCAAGAUCAUGGAUGAUGCUYUGGACAUUGCAGGACCGCUAGACCCUGCCAUUGCAUCACUGAAUUCACUGCUCAAAGCUGGCGAGGAGGAAGAAAGAGCUUUCUCACCUAUUGGGAGUGGAAAAGCUUCUCCUGAUUGUGAUAACAUGGUCACAAGUGAUGACAUUGAAAAGCUGCUCGCACCUCACGAUGUUCCUGAUGAAAUUGAAAUCCCAACUUUAGAGCUUCUCCAUGGRAACAAGAUUGAUGCUUUCAUGGAUUCUAAGUUUUCUGGAAGACAUCUUGAUGAAGUUGCUGCUAAACUUAAUGAACUGAAACUAACAUCAACGAAAACUAAUAGUAUUUAUGAUGACAAUGAUUUGCUGGUAAAACCAAGAGGAUCCAAACAAUCUCCACCUACUAUCCAGUCACAGGAAACAAAAAACAAUAGUGAUUUUGAUUUGCCAGUCAAACCACGAGGAGCCAAGCAACCAAUGGUGGCAGUUGUACCGCAAGAAGAUAAGACAGAUGAUGAUUUGCCUAUUAAGCCAAGAGGACAGCCAUUGGCGGCAGUCGUACCCCAAGACGAGAAGACAGAGGAUGACUUUGAUUUACCAAUUAAGCCAAGAGGAGCCAAGCAGCCAUUGGCAGCAGUCAUACCCCAAGACGAGAAGACGGAGGAUGAUUUUGAUUUACCAGUGAAACCACGAGGAAUGAGAAAGUCUCCACCAACAGUAGAAGCACAGGAAGAUAAGAAUGACCAAGUAACAGAAAAUGGAAAUGAUGGAGAAAAUCUUCYAGUGAAAAAACGACAGCCUAAGACUGCAAAAAAGAAAGAGGCCGAUCAGGUCAAUGGCGAAGAGAAUGAAACUUUCAAAAAGCCAAUGCCUCCAAAACCCUGGAAGACAAAGAAGAAGAAGGCCCCACAAAGCGAUGAUCCUUUUACGAUAAUGUUUGCAGAGCCAGCAAAAAGYAUAUCGACCAAUGACAAGUCUGCUUCAUCGCCAGCUGAACAGAAACCUUUGAGUCAAAGUAAKGAAGUAAACUCCAUGGAAACAAAGCCCUCAGAACAAGAUAUGGAUAUUACCAACAGAGAAAUGUCUAGUAGUGAAGAUGGAGUAAUGCUGUCUGAUCAGCAACAAGACUUAGGGUUUACUAAUGAUGACUUUAAGUCUGGCAAUGCAUUCUCACUUGAGCUGGACUACCUGGAAAAGUUUGGCAAUACCAAUGAUCUGGACAGACUGUCCGCCUUGGCACGUCAAUCUCUUUAUGUCAAGUUUGAUCCUCUCUGCAAAGGCCGCUCACCCGACCUACAAGGUAAACCAAAAAUCUAAUCACCCAUUUCUUUAAAUGUUAAUCUUUUGCUCAUUGUUCACGGCUUGAUUUCU